ACAUAAAUUCCUAUUCGAUGGUCAAAUUAAUUUAAUUCAAUUACAGAAUGGUACAUUCAAUAAAAGUAGAUACCAAGUAUAAUCUAUCCUUAAAAUUCAUGGCUUUCAAAAGGAUGUUUCUAGCUUCAGUGUAUUUCCUAACCUAUCAUAACCUAACCUAUCCUAUAUAUGAUACAUCUAACCUAGUACACAAUAGAUGUUCGACUUGCCAUAUUUCCAGACUAGUCAUUGUAAUAAAAACACUGGUUGUAAGAUUUAAAUAUUAAUACCAAUUGGUGAUGGUUCAAUUAACCAGAAUUGGAAUUUACCUACUUGCCGGAGAGUUUUAAUGUGAAAAAGAAUCUCACGCAGGAGCCAAAUGGUAAAAUAACAUAAAAUUUGGGGCGUGUAUGGUCGUCGAUGGACAGGGAAUAGUGAACGUGAGGAUAUUGAUGCUACAACUAUACACAGAAUUUUAUUAUAUGAUUGUAUUGAGACCGACAACCCAUUCUGUGAACGUGUGCACCACAAAUAGAACGUCUCGAGUCGAGUAAUGAAAAGAAGGGAGAAAGUGCUCGUGGUAUAUAAACACUUGGCCAUGACUUUGAAAGCGUCAAAGUGACUGAGACUCGAGUUUAACAGGGGGUUUGUGGAAUCGCCUUCUUAUUGAUAAAUUUUGGAACCAUGAAGAUUCUUAUUUUGACGUUUCUGGCAGUCGGCGCCUGGGCCUGGGAAGAUGAACACGGAGGAUCUACUUACCACGAAACUUCAAAAACUGUUGAAGUUCCUGUUUAUAAGAAAUAUGCUAUACCUAUACCACAUCCGGUACCAGUUGCAGUACCUCAGCAUAUCAAGGUUCCUAUUCCGCAGCCUUAUCAGGUCCAAGUACCAGUUCCACAUCCAGUUCCGGUUGAAGUAGUAAAACAUGUGGAGAUUCCUGUUGAAAAACCUGAGCCUUACAUCGUUGAAAAGAAGGUACCCUACGUCGUCGAGAAACCAUACACAGUGACCAUAGAGAAACAUUUCCCGGUGCCAAUUCCAAAACCAUAUCCGGUCCACGUACCAGUUUACAAACACGUCUUCCAUCAUCAAAGCAAAGGUCAUGGUUGGAAACAUUGAUUCUGAUAACAAGGUCUACUAGCCGAGAACUUCAUUGCCAAAAAAAAGUCUAACUGUUUCCAGUAAGCAAGUUAGAUAAGUUCUAUACAAACUGUAAAUAGUUUUUGUUACUCUUUUUUGUUCCACACUUAUUCCGUUUUUCAUAAUAAAUGACUUUUACAAUA